AUGUCUCCAGUCCGAACGUCCGGUUCCAGUCGGGACGCGUACAUGGAACGACAUUCCGGACAAGAUAUCGUACCGCCCUCAGUUUGUACCUGUGGCGAGACAUUUGUUCGACCAGAUGUCGGCGCAAAUGACUUUCCCAAUACUGGCACCGGUCCCCGUGCUGACAUCCAUUGGAUUGAUAUUUGUAUAGCAGCUACCAGUCGUCGGCCCAUAUGCGCCCGUGGAAUUGUACAAGUGUUCUUCGUUCCGCGACAGAUCGGGUCUUGUCUUGAGACAGGCACCUUCCUGCUGCCACCAAAGCCCAUGACACCCAUGAGCGUGUCUGUUGGUCUCCAUGUUCCAAUAAACAGUGAAGUUGUAUCUGUGUUUCAAAGCGCCGUGGACCUACAUAUAAGAGCACGAACUCCUCGAGAUACUCACUUCACCAAUACCGAGUGCAAUAAACUCCAAGACUUUAGGAUGGCAGCUAUACUUCACGCUUUUAACGGCCAAGUUGACAUUACACAGGCUUUCAACUGGACAUGGCAGAGGAUCCUAGCCGAGUUUGUGAACAUCCAGAAUAACCUUGAUGGAUAUGGCGUCAUUGCCGAUGCGGCUACUCGCGCCAGCUUUCCGCACGUUGUGCAGCAAAUCACAGACAUGUGCCAUCAGAGCGAGGUAUUUCCGCCUGCAGCGGGCCCCCCGACGCUCAGGGUCCAUUAUCAAGGAACAGACUUCGAACUCGAGACCCUGUUCGAUUUGGUCGGCUGGAUAUUCUCAGUCACCGGCACGACGCCUGCCGGUGCCACCGUGGACAACUACUUCUACCCUCUCGCGGUCCUGUAUGCCAAGUUCUGCCGUGUGUUGUCAAGCAGCCAGAAGCAGCCCCAGGUCCUGCAGAUGACUUGGUUUACGCAAGCGGGAGUAGGGCGGGUGUCUUUAGGUGCAGUCUUGGACAGACCACCUGCAGCGCUCAAGGAGAGUGCACGGGUGCGCAGGGCGAACAGGCUUGUUGCUGAGAAUAUGGCCACCGAUAUCCACGAGUGCCAUAUUGCGGGAGCGACGCCGCAAAUUGUCGGACAUUGCGCGGAGACGUUCCCCUUCUUGUUUGUCCAGUCGAUUCAUGCCCAGGUGGAUCUGCACAAUGCGAGGGGGCUCUCGGCGAGGCCAUACAAGAUCAUUGACCCCUCCAGGGGUCCGGACAUGUUCGUGGUUCCCGUCCCGGGUGUCCGCAACCAGUUCCUUCUGGAUCGUUGCCCGAACUGUCUGCAGAUCAUCAAUCGCAUGGGCAUGGACCAAGCCAAGUUCAUGAUGAACCAGCUUUGA